AUAUGUCACAAUGUUUAACCAAAGUACUCUAGGAGCAUCGUCAGGUUUUGGGGCAACCACUACCCCAUCAUCAGCUAAUCCGAUGAAAGAUUUUGAGGUUACUUCACCUCCAGAUGAUUCCAUAACUUCGCUAGCUUUCAGCCCAGCCACGAUUCAACAGAACUUUCUUAUUGCUGGAAGCUGGGAUAACAAUGUUCGAUGUUGGGAAGUGGAACAAAGUGGGAAAACUAUCCCCAAGUCCAUGCAGACAAUGCAAGGUCCAGUCCUGGAUGUGUGCUGGAGUGAUGAUGGAACAAAAGUGUUCAUGGCAUCUUGUGACAAGAUGGUGAAAUGCUGGGACCUGAACAGCAAUCAGACAAUUCAGGUAGCAGCACAUGAUGCUCCUGUGAAAACUUGUCACUGGGUGAAAGGACCAACUUACUCCUGCUUAAUGACUGGUUCCUGGGAUAAAACUCUCAAAUUCUGGGAUACCAGAAGCCCAAACCCAAUGCUGACAAUCAAUCUUCCAGAGCGCGCUUAUUGUGCAGAUGUUGACUUCCCAAUGGCUGUAGUUGGAACUGCAGGCCGUGGACUGAUUGUUUAUCAGUUAGAAGGCAAACCACAGGAAUACAAGCGUAUUGAAUCACCUCUGAAAUACCAGCAUCGUUGUGUCGCUAUCUUUCGAGACAAGAAGAAGGUUCCCACAGGUUAUGCCUUGGGAAGUGUAGAGGGUCGAGUUGCUAUCCAAUAUGUAAAUCCACAAAACCCCAAAGACAACUUUACUUUUAAGUGUCAUCGCUCAAAUGGUGCUCCCAAUGGCUAUCAAGAUAUUUAUGCAGUGAACGAUAUAGCAUUCCAUCCUGUGCAUGGAACAUUGGCAACUGUUGGGUCAGAUGGAAGUUUCAACUUCUGGGAUAAGGAUGCCCGCACCAAACUUAAACCAUCAGAGGCCAUGGAGCAACCAAUCACUCGUUGCUGCUUCAAUAGUAAUGGACAGAUCUUUGCUUAUGCUGUCAGCUAUGAUUGGUCAAAGGGACAUGAAUUCUACAGCCCAAUGAAAAAGAAUUACAUCUUCUUACGAUCUUGCUUUGAUGAACUGAAACCUCGCAGUUCUUCUUAAGUACACUUCAUACAAAAGGUUUCCAGUGGGUAAGUUUUCAUAGGACUGACACAUGAUUUUGUUUGUAUUAAAACUUCAUUGCAUUUAACCAUUGUAUUUACUGUAAACACACUGUUUAUAGCAAUAAAUUCUAUAUAAAUGUAUAA